GAGAAAGAAGACGAUAGCUGCCCAAGUGAUUUGUUGUGGCAUCAUGUUACGGGGAACGAACAUCAUAGGUAAAUAUCCGGCUGAAGCAAGGAAGCCGUCCAAGGCAUCCUUGAGUUCUUCCCGGGGCGUUCGCUUGAGUAUGACGCCUCAAGUGCGGCUUGUGGAAUCGUACCAGCCGGAGUCGUUAGCGCAGGCGACCAGUCCUUCGUCGUUAGGAAGCCCCUUGAUUGAAGAUUGGGUCUCUCCAGCUACUGCAUAUGGGAGUACAACGCUGCCGAGGAGAUCAUCGCUCCGGGAGUUUAUCUCCACUUUGUCGCUCUACAACAUACACGACAGAACAUGGUUCAAGAAAUGCAUUCCUGUCCUCGUAUUUAUCGUCGCCGCGCUUGUCAUCGCUUCUGCCGUGACCGUGUGGAUCGCGCUGAGCGAUCGAGUGACUGGGCCGAGCGGCACCACGCAUUUUUACACGAGCGCGUGCAACGUGCCGCUUGACGAGCCUCAGGUGCGCCUCGCAUCCCUCGGCGCCACGGUUUACGGCAAGCUCGACAGCAGCGGCAGGCUGCGCAAGUUCUUUGGCAUCCCGUACGGCCGCAACGUGAGCACCGCACGGAGGUUCCAGUUUGCACAGAGCGUAACGAGCUUGGGCGAGAACGGGUCCUUCUAUGCUUAUGCACAUGGUCCCCAGUGUCCGCAGGGAGACCUUGCAAAUCCGAGCACGGACGAGGAGUGCCUGACCCUAUCCAUCUGGGUCCCUGUCGUGUGCCCUGCUAGCAGCCCACUCAAGGCCGUGUUGGUGGUUGUGGCUUCCGAAUGGUUCCAGUUCGACAACACUGGUCAACUUGACCGCAAGUGGGCGACUCUGAGCCUCGGAGGAGAUAUCGUCAUCGUCACCAUCAAACAUAGACUCGGGCUCCUAGGCUUCCUGGAUGCUAAUUCGAACGAAGCGUCCGGAUAUGCUGGUGUCGAAGACGUCUUCCUCGCUCUCAAGUGGAUAAGCGAGCACAUCCGAGCUUUCCACGGCGAUCCUGCUAGUCUCGUGGGUUUUGGUUUUGGAGCCGGCCCCUACAUUGCGUCGAUUGACUUGUUUGCUCAAGCGCAGAGCAAGCAGAAAUUCUUUAAGCGUCUGCUUCUGCACGGCGUCUCACCAGCUUCUCUGCUUCCGCGUCUCAAACCUGACGACUUGAGAAACCUCGCGAUUUCGUUGCAGUGCCCAACCACAACUAGCACAUCUUCGCUCGUCCAAUGCCUCAGGGCAAAUGACCUGAAACGCAUAUUCGAAGAAGCUGCGAAAUUGUCUCUGCUCUUCGCGCCUAACUGCGACAGGCCUCCUUUUGAUGGUUGCGACAAGAUCUUCGCAAAACUGCCAGGCUCAUUGGCUGGUGUGGCUAUACUUUGUGGCUACAACAAGAAUGACGGCCACGAGUUUUUCAUGCGGUACAUCCUGAAACAAUCCAAAAAGCUAGACAGUCAAAACCCAGAAGAAAUGUUCGAAAAACUUCAAAUAUUUUUCACCGGGAAAAAGGGAAAGCAUAAUUUUAAGGAUCUGCCAGACCAGGUGCAGCGUGAGCUCAAUGAAGCCGGCAAGGCUAGAGAGCAAGGUUUCAGUGAGUUGGUGUCAGACAUGGUCCUGCGCUGCCCUAUGAUUGAACUGGCUCGGCAGACGACAGCGAAGGGAGCUUCCGUCCACCUUUACGGCUCUGACGGUGCUCACAACCUUUUGGAACCAGCUUUGAUGAUGGCCGAUAUUGUCGCCUUUGUGAGACAAGGGAGCGUCAGCUGGCCCAUGUUUUCCGAAGGCAGUGUUAUGCUGCUCGCCAAUGGCACUUCACGACAACUAGUGGAAUCGGAAGGAAGCGACUGUUUGCUGCCGCAUCAAAUAUCCCGAAGCCUCAUUCAAUAACUGUGGAACUAUUUUCGACAUGCGUAUGGAAUGUUGGAAGGCCCACAUGUUGAAGCCCUCGGGACAGUUUUGUAGUGUUUCAUAAUUUUUACUGAAUGUUGGCGUUUCUUGCCCCAAAUCAUGCAGAAGUAAAGAAUGUUUUAUGAUAGUUAAAAGCUAAGAAAAUUUGAAUGAUAUGCACUUGGCAAUAAGCACAUUCAAACAAACGUGUUCAUCCCCGAAAGGAACAACUAAUGAUAGUCUUAUUUCUUUCUGGUCAUUGUUUUGUAAGAAAGUGAAACAUGCGGGAAUUCACAAGGUGUACAAAGCUUUCAUGAAGAAGAACUGCAGUAUUCAACAGGAAGCAGGAAAGCGCCAUCAAGACGAGCUGUGACACAGUUCGUGCUUGCUUAACGUGUUCAUUUUUAUUUUUGGAUACGAUCAUACAUUGGCUUUGACCAUAUGGAUGUAAGGGCAAAGCGUUGCCUUGUAAGGAUUAAGUAUUUUUAGUGGCUGUGAGCUAAGUAAUUCAUGUGCACAUACUCAAGCGCACUCUCAAAAAGUGUUUCUUAAAUCUCCGGGAGUGUGCAUCACUCAGCCGUUCCGGCUCCUGCUUUUUUGUUCGUAAACUAUCGCAGCCCUUAUUAUUAUU